GACCACUGCCCUAGUUUCAAUCCAAGUAACCUUUAAAUGAACUUUGCUUAAAUCUUAGACUGUACACGGAAAAGAGAUUCCAGUCAACAAGAUCAACAAUAAGGUGGAAAAGAAUGAUGCUGUCCUUAAACAACCUACAGAAUACCGUCUAUAACCCGAUAAUCCCCUAUGUUGGUACCAUUUCUGAUCCAUUGGAUCCUGGAACUUUGAUUGUCAUACGUGGGCAUGUUCCUAGUGAUGCAGACAGAUUCCAGGUGGACUUGCAGUGUGGCAGCAGCGUGAAACCUCGGGCAGACGUGGCCUUUCACUUUAACCCGCGUUUCAAAAGGACCGGCUGCAUCGUUUGCAACACUUUGAAAAGCGAGAAAUGGGGCUGGGAGGAGAUCACCCACGACAUGCCUUUCACCAAGGAGAAGUCUUUUGAAAUCGUGAUCAUGGUGCUGAAGGAGAAGUUCCAGGUGGCCGUAAACGGAAAACAUACUUUGCUCUACACCCACAGGAUUAGUCCCGAGAAAAUCGACACCCUGGGCAUUUACGGCAAAGUGAAUAUCCAUUCUGUGGGCUUUCGCUUCAGCUCGGAUUUGCAGAAUACCCAAGGAUCUACUCUGGAACCAACAGAGAUAAGUAGAGAAAAUGUACAAAAGUCUGGCAUGCCACCGUCGCCUAGUAAUAGAGGAGACAUUCCUAAAAUCGUACCCAGAACUGUCUGCACCAAGAGCAAAGAUUCAACUGCCAGUCACACUUUGACUUGCACCAAAAUCCUACCUACCAACUGUUUGUCAAAGAGCCUGCCAUUCGUUGCAAGGUUGAACUCCCCCAUGGGCCCUGGACGAACUGUCGUCAUUAAAGGAGAAGUGAACACAAAAGCCAAAGGCUUUAAUGUUGAUCUACUGGUAGGAAAAUCAAAGGACAUUGCUCUACACUUGAACCCACGACUGAAUACUAAAGCAUUUGUAAGAAAUUCUUUUCUUCAAGAGUCCUGGGGAGAAGAAGAGAGAAAUAUUACCUCUUUCCCAUUUAGUCCUGGGAUGUACUUUGAGAUGAUAAUUUAUUGUGAUGUUAAGGAAUUCAAAGUUGCAGUAAAUGGUGUCCACAGCCUGGAGUACAAACACAGAUUUAAAGAGCUCAGCAAUAUUGACACGCUGGAAAUUAAUGGAGACAUCCACUUACUAGAAGUAAGAAGCUGGUAACUGACAUCACCACUACAAAAACCGAAAUACAAAAUGGCUUCUGUGAUACUGGCUUGUCGAAACGCAUCUCACUGUCACCAGUCCGUCUAUUGUGAAAAUGAGCUUGCACAACACUAGGGCCUACCGGGCUGUUCUCAGCCUUGCCAUGCAGUAUGGGUGUGUCUAGCCCUGAAUGAGGAAGUCUGGGGUAACAGCAUCUUAUAGUCAGUAACACCACUUACUCUCCCCCAUCUUGGCACCCUCUUUUAAAAAUCACACUCAACAAGUAUUUAGUAAGUACCUCCUAUAUAAUACAGUAGGUAACAUGUACUGAGCUCUUACUUUUUGUCAGCAUUGUGCUAGAAGCUGGGGAUAUAUACGUAGUUGGGCAAAAAGCCAGUAUGUUCCCUGCUCUCUUGGGCUUAGACUCUUUAUGCUCUAACACUGCAACAUUUUUUAUACAGGAAUUGCAUAUAUUCAUUAGGGAUCCUUUGUAGUUAAAGAAUUAUGCAGCCAUUAAAUCACCUAGACACUAACUUAUAGAAGACACUACUCCUUCCCCGGUGCUCGCUUUCAUAACCAGUGCCCUGUGUAUCCCAUAAUUGAGAGGACUGAUGACUUAUCUGGCAAUUUAAUUUUCUUUAGCAUAGUAAACAUCUAGCUCUACUAACUGUGUUACCAAAUAAUUAACAUGACAUCUGAACACAGCACAGAAAUCAAGGCAAAAAACCAAAGCAAACCAAAAACAAAUGAACAAAUGAACUUGGAGUGUCAAGUUUUGUGUAUUUGAACUUAGGGUGAGCCAGAAGUCUAUACAGACUCCUACAGAAAGUGUAAGGAAAAGGGAAGAGAGCAAGAUGCAUUUAUAAGAUAUUUAAGAGUAACAAAGUAAUGUUGAUUAAACCUAAGAAAUGCACAUAACAGGCACUAUCAGAAAAUAACCUGCACCAACUGUGAGACCCAUGAAGCAGGGGGCAAGGGAACGUACCUACCUUUGUUUGCAUGCAAACCACCACUCGCCUCUGUCCUUCUAGAGAUUAGACCAUCAGUAGCAUUUGAGAUCAAAACAUUGUUCUGCUUUAAGUGAUUAAAAUCAAACCUGUGUCAGCAAGUUAAA